AUGUUUAAACGUUUUUGUAGUAAUGACGAGGGGAGAUACAGAAUUCAUGAAGGGGUUGUUGCAGACAUAAAAGAAGUAUUAGAUGAGCAUAAUGUGUUAGUUAAACCAUUUCGUAUGGCUAAGGGAGAGAUUGAGGCUAACCCCCGAGUCAAAGUCAAGAUGAGGCUUAUUGGCAAAAGAAGUACUGAUGCAAGAACAUAUAACUUACCAACAGUUUCUGAAGUUGCAGCUCUAAUAGUGGGUGAUUUAGAUCCAAUGUUAGGUCAAAGAGAUAUUUUGGUUGAGUCUAAAUGUGGAGAAUUGAAGAGUAUAAGUGAGCUAAAUCCAUCUUAUCUACCCUUACAAUAUCCGAUUUUGUUCCCAUACGGUGAGGAUGGUUAUCGUGAAGAUAUACAAUUCACGGUAACAACUUCAAGCUCUACAAUGGGAAGGCAACGAAUAUCACAAAGAGAGUUUUUCGCUUUCCGUAUACAUGAGAUGAUAGAGGAGGUCAACACACUCCUGUUUUCCAAGAGACUACUACAACAGUUUCUGGUAGAUGCGUACACAAUGGUGGAAUCCAGUAGACUAACUUACAUCCGGCAAAAUCAAAAGUCGUUGAGGUGUGAAGCAUACAAAGGGUUGACAGAUGCUUUGACACGUGGUGAAGUGGACCCUACCACUCAAGGUAGGCGAAUUGUGCUACCAUCAAGUUUCACUGGGGGGGCUAGAUACAUGAUACAAAAUUAUCAAGAUGCCAUGGCUAUUUGUCAGUGGAUUGGUUACCCAAAUUCGUUUAUUACAUUUACAUGUAAUCCCAAGUGGCCAGAGAUACAACGCUAUAUCAAGAAACGGUGUUUGAAUGCUGAGGAUAGACCCGACAUAGUUUGUCGAAUUUUUAAAAUGAAGUUGGAUUCCCUUAUUAAGGAAAUAAGGAUGGGACAAUUAUUUGGGGAGGUGAAUUCAGUGGAUGAACAUUCUGCUGAGGUUAUAGAUGAGAUUGACAAGUGCUAUGACUGUCGUUACGUGUCUGCAUGCGAGGCCACAUGGCGACUUCUCAGCUUUGACGUCCAAUUUAGAGCACCAGCUGUGGAAAGCAGUGGUGAAAUAUAUUACUUAAGGUGUCUGUUGAACAUAGUACGUGGUCCAAUAAGUUUUGAAGAGAUCAAGACUUUUAACGGUGUAACUCACUUAAUGUUCAAGGAUGCAUGUUACGCCCGCGGCUUGCUAGAUGAUGACAAGGAAUACAUUGAUGCAAUCAAUGAGGCUAGCCAUUGGUCGUCUGGACACUCAUUAAGAAAACUUUUUGUCAUACUGCUAACAUCAAAUUCAAUGUCGAGGCCAGAAUCAGUUUGGAAUGUUACAUGGAAACUACUUUCUGAAGAUGUUGAAUUUCACCAUCGAAGAGUUGCUGGAAAUCCCGGUUUGUUAUAA